AUGUUUUCCUCGGAGGACCUCGGCAACAGCACGGAGCAGAUGUGGAUAAAUGCAACCCCAGCAAACUUUUCCCAAGAGAGAAGGACAGAAGACGAGAGUGAAAACCACGAGCACCCGUUCCUGACAGAUGCUUGGCUCGUACCUCUGUUUUUCUCCUUAAUUAUGCUGGUCGGACUGGUCGGCAACUCUUUGGUGAUCUAUGUCAUUACCAAACACAGGCAAAUGAGAACUGCAACCAACUUUUACAUAGCUAACCUUGCUGCCACAGACAUCAUAUUCUUGGUCUGCUGCGUCCCGUUCACCGCCACGCUUUACCCUCUGCCCGGGUGGAUCUUCGGCAACUUCAUGUGCAAAUUUGUAGCAUUUCUUCAGCAGGUGACAGUCCAGGCCACGUGCAUCACCCUGACGGCGAUGAGUGGAGACCGCUGUUACGUCACCGUUUACCCGCUCAAGUCCCUCCGCCACCGCACGCCCAAAGUCGCCAUGAUCGUCAGCAUCUGCAUCUGGAUCGGGUCUCUGAUCUUGUCCACUCCCAUCCUGAUAUACCAGAGGAUAGAGGAGGGAUACUGGUACGGCCCCCGUCAGUACUGCAUGGAGCGGUUCCCCUCCAAAACCCAAGAGAGGGCGUUCAUCCUGUACCAGUUUAUCGCGGCGUACCUCCUCCCUGUUCUCACCAUCUCCUUCUGCUACACGCUGAUGGUGAAGCGCGUGGGGCAGCCGACUGUGGAGCCCGUGGACAACAACUACCAGGUUAAUCUCCUCUCAGAAAGGACCAUCAGCAUUCGCAGUAAAGUAUCCAAGAUGGUGGUCGUCAUCGUCCUGCUUUUCGCCAUCUGUUGGGGUCCCAUUCAAAUCUUCGUCCUAUUCCAAUCGUUCUACCCGUACUACCGCCCCAGCUACGCCACAUACAAGAUUAAAACCUGGGCUAACUGCAUGUCGUAUGCUAACUCAUCGGUCAACCCCAUUGUCUACGGUUUCAUGGGGGCCAGUUUCCAAAAAUCGUUCCGAAAAACAUUCCCUUUUCUGUUCAAACACAAGGUCAGAGAUAGCAGCAUGGCUUCCAGGACUGCCAAUGCGGAGAUCAAAUUUGUUGCAGCGGAAGAAGGGAACAAUAACAACAAUGGGGCCGAGUGA